AUGCCCGCCCCCGAGACCUGUGACGAAGGAUUCGAUUUCAACGACCUCUCCCAACACGCCCCGACUGAGCAAGCCGGUCGCUCGGACAGCAAUGGCCCCGACGCUCACACUGCCCCGCCGCCCAAGGCGAAGCGCAUCGCCUGCAUACUGUGUCGCAAGAGGAAGCUGAAAUGUGACGGCCAGCGCCCAAGCUGCGGCACUUGUAAGAGACUGGCCCACGACUGCGCCUAUGACGAGGUGCGCAAGAAGAGCGGGCCCAAGAGAGGCUAUGUGAAGGCCCUGGAAGCGAGACUGCAACAAGUCGAGACGCUCCUCAAGUCCCAGGAAGCAACCGAGGCGACUCAGCAACAAAAUUCAAAUUCAAAUGCUUUUCAAACAGACUCGUCUGCUCCCCCUGUUCGACCCUCUGAUUUCCAAGGCCAGAACAUUGUGAUGGACAACGUGGCCCAGGUCAUGGACACUGUCUUCCAGCAUGGCAAUGGCGUCUCGCCAGGCGAAAUGCCCAACAUGCAAGCUGGCUCCGCCGACAACAGCUCCGGCUCUGAUCCGUUCUCGUGGGAAAUGAUUGGUCUAGGCUUGGACGAACCUCUUCCCGACCAGGACAUCAUCAACGAGCUGUUAGUGCUCCUCUUUGCCCGCGCAUGCUUCCAAGUGCUUACCGUGCCGUCGUGCAGGACCCAACUCUACUUCGAUAAAUUUAACGUCGUCGUGCCAAUGAUCCACCGCCCUCGUUUCCUCGCCGCCAUGAAUCUCGCUCCACAUAUGCGCCCUCCAAUCUGUCUGAGAUACAUCAUGUGGACUCUUGCUGCGUCUACCUCCGAGAAAUACUCAUCCUUGCAGGAGCACUUCUACUACCGUGCCAGAAAGUACAUCCAGAUGGAUGAGAUGAAAGGGCACGGAGAGUCUAUGCUUACUCUCGCCCACUGCCAGGCCUGGGCUCUCAUCUGCAGCUAUGAGUUCAAAUCCAUGUAUUUUCCGCGAGCGUGGAUCAGUGCAGGCCGGGCUGUAAGAAUGGCCCAAAUGAUGAACCUGCACAAGUUGGACGGCUCCGGACUGGAUGUCAAGCAGUGCUUGGCUCCGCCCAGGGAUUGGGUUGAGAGGGAAGAGAGAAGAAGGACGUUUUGGAUGUGCUUCAACGUUGAUCGUUAUGCGAGCAUCGGAACGGGCUGGCCAAUGACGAUCGACGAACAAGAUAUUGCAACAAACCUACCCGCAACCGACGAGGCAUUCGAGAGGAGCAAGCCUGAGAAAGCCAUAUCGAUGGAACAGGCCUUGGCGGUGGGUGGUUCGUCGAGAUUGACACCAUUCGCAGGUGUCUGCGUCUUGGCAUGCAUGUUUGGUCGUAACCUCCUCCACCUCCACCGUCCGACAAACAACGAACGUGAGGACGACAUCAAUGGUGAAUUCUGGGAGAGGCAUCGCAGACUGGACAAUAUGCUCCUCAACCUGGCAUUGGCGCUGCCCGAAGAGAUGAGACUCCCUGCAGGCAUUAACAACCCUAAUGUGGUGUUUAUGACGAUGAAGAUACACACCUCUGUCAUAUGUCUGCAUCAGGCGGCAAUCUUCAAAGCAGACAAAAACAGGAUGCCUGCCCACAUUGCCCAAGAAAGCAAGAUCAGAUGCGUCACAGCUGCUUCUGAGAUCGCGGGCAUCAUGAGGUUGAUUGCUCACAUGGAUACCUCUCUGAUGAACCCGUUCAUUUCCUUUUGUGUCUACGUGGCGGCGCGGGUCUUCGUGCAGUACCUGAAAAACCGCCCUGGCGACGGACAAAUGAACAAUCACCUCCAGUUCCUCCUCCAAGCGAUGCAAGCACUCAAGAAGAGGAAUCCGUUGACUGAGUCUUUCCUCGUCCAGCUUGAUCUGGACCUUGUUGGAACGGGGAUAAUGUCUCCAUUUGGAAGUUCUACUGAGCCGAGAGCUCCUUCAGAUGCGGCACCGAUAAACACGUUCCACAGGGGUAGCGAUGCUACAGGCACGAAGAGUCAUCUGUCCAAUUCGACGGGCACAGAGCCUACACCCGGUCCACCGUUCCACUUAGCGCAGCAAGUCAACAUGGACACAGAGGCAAUUCCCUUCACAUAUUCACCGAAAGACCAACACGUCUUCGACCUCCCAAGCAGACAAAGAACGCCCAGUGCAGUCACACCAAGAGAAAUGCAGGCGAGCCAGGCGCAGUUUUCGCGAAGCUUUGGGCGAGCGGAAAGGGCUACAUCUGACAUGGACUUAUCGCCUGACGGCAGUGGCGAGAAUCCUUCUCCGUCGAACUCGGGCAACUCGCAGAACGUUACAUCUUCACGUUCGUCGUAUUCAACACCUUCGGACAGGCAGAGCAAGCCUCAGAGGCAAAGCUAUGGGGGGAAUGUGGCAGGAUUGUCGGCUAUGGCAGACAAUGGGUCGAAUGCGCCCAACAAUAACUUCACCUUUACCACGACAAGCGAUGACUUUGAGCAGCUCUUCUACACGUCGACGUCGGGGGUGGGAGAGUGGGACAUGAGCGGCGGUGCUGGCAUGACGGGGCUGACGCCCAUGUCUGAAAGCGCAUGGACGCAGAUGCUUGACGGCGGUGGCUGGGAGGGUUUUGGCCCGGGCCAUGGCACGGAUGCGUUCGGUAACAGGUUAAAUGAACAACGAACCAGGCAGAGAUAA